AUGUCGAAUGCAAAUAAAAAGAUAUCAAACAAAAUGAGGUUACAAGGAUCUGUAAGCAAAAAUAGAACAGGACGUGUUGAAGUGUUCUUCAAUGGACAAUGGGGAACAAUCUGUGAUGACGAAUGGGAUUUCAAAGAUGCUAGAGUUGUUUGUCGUCAACUUGGUUAUCAAGAUGCUGUUAGAGCUCUUCACGGAGGUCAGGUUCCUCAUGGUUCUGGACGGAUAUGGUUAGACGAGGUUGGAUGCAAAGGAAUGGAACAAAAAUUGAUAAGGUGUUCUCAUCUAGGAUGGGGAGUACAUGAUUGCAGUCAUGACGAAGACGCUGGAGUAGAAUGUUUUUCACCAGAAGAACCUUACUGGAAAAAUUCACGUCGCGUAGUUACCACGAAUCUGCACUUAAGAGGGAAUAAGACUGUUAAUAUGUCGAAUGCAAAUAAAAAGAUAUCAAACAAAACGAGGAUACAAGGAUCUGUAAGUAAAAAUGGAACAGGACGUGUUGAAGUGUUCUUCAAUGGACAAUGGGGAACAAUCUGUGAUGACGGAUGGGAUUUCAAAGAUGCUAGAGUUGUUUGUCGUCAACUUGGUUAUCAAGAUGCUGUUAGAGCUCUUCACGGAGGUAAGGUUCCUCAUGGUUCAGGACGGAUAUGGCUAGAUGAGGUUGACUGCCAAGGAAUGGAGCAAAAUUUGAUAAGUUGUUCUCACAAUGGAUGGGGAGAACAUGAUUGCAGGCACUCCGAAGACGCUGGAGUAGAAUGUUCUUCAACAGGCAAAGCUUAUAAAACGCUGAGGUUACAAGGACCUUUAAGUAAAAAUGGAAUUGGACGUGUUGAAGUGUUCUUCAAUGGACAAUGGGGAACAAUCUGUGAUAAUGCAUGGGAUUUCAACGAUGCGAGAGUUGUUUGUCGUCAACUUGGUUAUCAAAAUACUGUUAAAGCUCUUCAGGGAGGUCAGGUUCCUCCUGGUUCUGGACGGAUAUGGUUAAACUGGGUUCAAUGCAAAGGAAUGGAACAAAAUUUGACAAGUUGUUUUCAUAGAGGGUGGGGAGAACAUGAUUGCAGUCAUUACGAAGAUGCUGGAGUAGAAUGUGUUUCAACAGGAUUGUAA